AAUUAUUUCCGACCUUAAGCAAAAAAGAAAAGUUCAACACGAUUAUCCUAAAAAUUAGGAAGGAAAAGAUUCAUUGUGAACAUGCAUAAAUUUUUGCAUGCUAGAAUUAGAAGCAGAAGUUGUUAAAGUAACAGAGUUUACACAGAUGUUUUCUGCGACAAUUCCAAUGUCUCUUACUUCCUUCACUCCUGCAAAUGCUUCUCUAUCUUUCUCCCGCCGCGUGGUUCCCCCCGGAAGCCGUUUAUCUCCGGUUGCACUCACUGGCAUAUCCUUCUCACGCGCUCCUUUCACGUUGAGGUGCUCUUCCCUAAAAAAUUCUUCCCAUCGAACAAAGUUUGCAGAGGCUGCAAAGAAGGCGAACUUGAUUCCUCUUUAUCAGUGCAUUUUCUCCGACCACCUUACCCCGGUCGUUGCUCACCAGAUUUUGCUUGAAGAUGAUGAUAGGGAGGCUCCAAGCUUUCUCUUUGAGUCUGAUGAAUUAAGCUGUGAUGUGGGUCGCUAUAGUGUUGUUGGAGCUCAUCCUGCAAUGGAGGUUCUGGCAAAAGAAAACACGGUUGCGAUUAUUGAUCAUGUAACUGAAACUUUAUCUGAUCAAACGGUUGAUGAUCCUAUCAUGAUUCCGAGAGAAAUCUCAGAGGGUUGGAAACCCUAUCUCACAGAUGAACUUCCUGAUGCAUUUUGUGGUGGUUGGGCAGGUUUUUUCUCAUACGAUACAGUUCGUUACGUGGAAAAGAAAAAACUAUCAUUUUCAAAUGCUCCAUCGGAUGAUAAGAACUUUUGGGACAUGCAUCUGGGCCUGUACGAGAGUGUCAUUGUGUUUGACCAUGUCGAAAAGAAAGCAUAUUUGAUUCAAUGGGUGAGGAUUGAUCGCUACUCCACGGUUGAGAGUGCUUACAAUGAUGGAAUGGAAAAAUUAGAAAAAUUAGCUGCCAAAUUACAAGAUGUUAAAGCUCGAAGGCUGGAGCCAGGCUUGGUGGAUUUACACACUCACCAUUUUGGUCCACCUUUGAAGAAGUCGAGCAUGACAACUGAAGCAUACAAGGAAGCAGUCCUUCGGGCCAAAGAACACAUUAAUGCAGGGGAUAUUUUCCAGAUUGUGUUAAGUCAGAGAUUUGAACGAAGAACAUUUGCCGAUCCAUUUGAAAUUUACAGAGCACUGAGAGUUGUGAACCCAAGUCCAUAUAUGGCCUAUUUGCAGGUUUAUUUCAUUCAAGAAAGUUUUUGUUGUUUUGCUUUUUCCUUUUCUGAUUAUUAUGUAUUUCCUAAACAGGCUAGGGGGUGUAUUCUGGUUGCUUCAAGUCCAGAGAUUCUUACUCGUAUAAAGAAGAAUAAGAUUGUGAAUCGUCCUUUGGCUGGGACAAUCAGAAGGGGAAAUACACCUGAAGAAGACGCGAGGUUAGAAGAAAUGCUACUGAAAGACGAAAAGCAACGUGCAGAGCAUGUAAUGUUGGUUGAUUUGGGACGCAAUGAUGUUGGAAAGGUUGCAAAAUCUGGUUCUGUGAAAGUGGAGCAACUUAUGAAUAUCGAACGAUAUUCCCAUGUCAUGCACAUAAGCUCAACUAUAACGGGAGAGAUGCAAGAAGAUUUGAGUUGCUGGGAUGUGCUGCGUUCUGCAUUGCCGGUUGGAACCGUGAGUGGAGCACCAAAGGUGAAGGCGAUGGAGUUGAUCGACAAGAUGGAGGUGACAAGGAGAGGGCCCUACGGUGGAGGAUUUGGAUACAUAUCUUUCUCUGGGGAUAUGGACAUUGCCCUUGCUCUAAGGACAAUGGUAAUUCCGACAAUUACGUAUGACCGAAACCUCGACCGACGUCAACGUCAGGAGUGGGUUGCUUAUCUUCAAGCUGGCGCUGGUAUUGUUGCUGAUAGUGUUCCUGCUGAUGAGUACCAAGAGUGUCAGAACAAAGCUGCUGCUCUUGCUCGUGCUAUUGACUUGGCUGAGUCAGCUUUUGUUCAUCAUGGAAUUCAAACAUCUCCUCAAUAAUAUACUCAUAAGCAAAUUCUUACAUUACA